GUCUGAAAAAAGAAAGACCACAAGAACACGCCCAGAAAGGCAGCACUGACCAAUACAAAGUGCAACCCGCCCAUUUCUGAGCACAAGGAAGUGACACUAAACUCUCUUGUUUCCCCUGCGAGAAGCCAUGGCUGCUGCGAAUCCAGCAAAGAUGCUCCAGGAUGAAGUGACCUGUCCCAUUUGCCUGGAUUAUUUUAAUGACCCGGUGUCUCUGGACUGUGAUCACAGCUACUGCCGAGCCUGCAUCACCCAGUGCUGGGGGGGGCUCACUGCAGACGUCUCCUGCCCCCAGUGCAGACGGACCUUUCCCCAGGGGAACCUCAGGACGAACAGGCAGCUGAGGGGUAUUGUGGACGCAUCCAGAGAACUCCAAUUGCAGGCAGGGAGGGAAACAGCCCCAGAGAGACUGUGCGAGAAACACCAGGAGCCUCUCAAACUCUUCUGCAGGGAGGAUGAAAUCCCCAUCUGUGUGGUGUGCGACAGAUCCAAGGGGCACCGAGCUCACACCGUGAUUCCUGCCGAGGCAGCUGCCAAAGAAUUCCAGUCACAUGACAUGUUUCUGUGGCUCCAGAAAAGGCUCCAGGCCCAUCUGAAGACCCUGAGAGCCAAGAGAGAAAAGCUGCUGGGACUGAAAGUGAGCAGGGAGAAGACCAGCCAGGAGUACCUGAAACGGACAGGAACAGAGAGGCAGAAGAUUGUGGCUGAGUUUCAGCAGCUGCAGCAGUUCCUGCAGGAACAAGAGCGACUCCUGCUGGCCCAGCUGGAGAAGCUGGAUAAGAUGAUUGUGAAGGCAGGGAUUGACACUGUCACCAAACUCUCCUCAGAGAUUUCCUGUCUCAGCGAGCGGAUCUGGGAGCUGGAGGAGAAGUGCCAGAAGCCAGCGAGUGAAUUCCUGCAGGACGUCAGAAGCACCUUGAGCAGGUGUGAGGAGGGGCAGGUCCAGCAGCUGGAGGAGGUGGCUCCUGAACUGGAAGAACAAAUCCGUGGUUUUUCCCAGAAAGUUAUUGUGCUGUCGGAAAGGCUGAGGGAGUUCAAAGACACUCUGCCGGAUGCACUGGAUGAAACCCUGAGACCAGGUGAACGCCCUGAAAACCUCAUGUGGGACCUGGCGCAGUGCGGUCCCCAGGACAGGCGGGCACCGUGA